UCUUCCUUUUUUCCGCAUUGGCUGGUGUUUUCUUUCGAAAAGUUAAGCAGUGUUAUACAUAUACCGCGUAGGCUGCGAGGCGAUUAGAAUGCCCGCAUGAUAGAUUAGAUGAAUUUCCUUCCAUGAACACAAUCAUACCGUUAUGUGUGAUGUAUGUGGUGUGUGUAUUAUGUAUUGUGUGUGAUGUGUGUGUUUUAUGUGUGUGUUCUGUGUGUUGUGUGUGUCGUGUUCGUUAUGUGUGUGUUUUGUGUGUGUUGUGUUUUCUGUUUGGUUUGGCGUUUUCUAUGUUUUGUUUGGCGUGUUUUCUCUUUUUCUUUUUCUUUUCUUUUAUCCUUGGGUUUGGAUGGACGGACUUUGGGAUUUUUGGGAACACUGGACUGGCGUUGAAUAUGCGGGACAUUUUGGGUGGGAUGGACAACAACAAGAGAUACCCCUGACGACUAUGAACAAGAUACCACCGAGAAAUGUUGAUCAUGACUCGCGAACAAUACUAUGAUGAUUAUUCGAUGCCAUUUAUUUUCCAAUUUUCCCGAUCUCUAUAUCUCGUAUACUUUCCUUGUCUUAUUGAAUCUCAUUUUAAGACGAAUGUAUGCCUAAGAAUCACUUGUCAUAAUGGUUG